UAUCCAUACAUUUCUGGUUAUAUCAAAUAGCAGAAAAUUGGUACGGCUUCGACUAAAACUUUAAGAACUGAGGUUUCGCACUUGAAGCAAAGUGUGCAUGAGCUGGGCCUUGAACUCCUCGCUGACUUUUGAAUGUGACCCAUCAUGGACUUAAUGUUUCGCCUAGCGAAGUUUUUGAGAUAAGUUGAGGCAGUGUUUCUUUGUUUUUGACCUCCUACAAAAGAAAAGAACGUGAAAUGGAUUGAGAAAAAAAUUUGUAGUCUGAUAGACUGCCAAUUGGAAUGGUGAUGAUAGACUCAUGACAUAUGCCGCCAAGAUGCCAUAAAACCAAAAACACACGUGGGAGAACCCUUGCUACACUCACGCCACGUUAUCUUCAUGCAGCAACCUUGACCUUCCUCUAUAGACACUCGUCUCUCCUCCCACUUUCCGCACCAAGAAACUGAGAAAUCCAAGUGUUGCAGUCUUCCCUUUUAUUAUCAAUCUGAAAAACCAUGCCUGGAAUCACCCUUGAAGAUACUGUGCCCAACCUUAAAGUUGAAACCACCCACGGAAAGAUCAAGCUUCAUGACUAUUUUAAGAAUGGCUGGACCAUCAUUUUCUCUCAUGCUGCUGAUUUCACACUAGUAUGCAGUACGGAACUAGGCAAGAUGGCGGCUUUCCCGCCGGAGUUUGAAAAACGAGGGGCAAAGCUUUUGGCUCUCUCUUGUGACGAUGUGCAGUUGCACAACGAGCGGAUCAAGGACGUUGAAACCUACCAACCUGGGUGCAAGGUGACAUACCCAAUCGUAGCAGAUCCCAAUAGAGAGAUCAUCAAGCAACUUAACAUGGUGGACUCAGAUGACAAAGACUUUUCAGGGAACCAGCUUCCAUCUCGAGCUCUGCAUAUCGUGGGCUCCGGUAACAAGAUCAAGAUGAGCUUUCUAUAUCCAUCAACCACUGGCCGCAACAUGGAUGAAGUGUUGAGGGCCCUGGACUCCCUGUUGAAGGCAUCAAAGUACAAGGUUGCCACACCAGCGACCUGGAAACCAGAUGAUCCUGUGGUGAUCUCUCCUUCUGUGACCAACGAGGAAGCCAAAGAAAUGUUCCCUCAAGGUUUUGAGACUAAAAAGCUUCCAUCCGGGUUGGAAUACCCGCAUUUCACUCGUGUCUGAUGGUCGGAAGACUUGUAUUUCCAAGGAUCCAAUAAGUAUGUAGAAGGCAAACAUGUAUUACAUAUCCAGCACUAUAUGGUUUCUAAAAU